CAACACGCCGUCCGUCACACUCUUAUUCAUUUCUGUGGGAUGCUGGAUCAGACACAUAUAUUCUUAAAUUCAAUGCGCAAACCAAAUAAAAGUUUCAAAACAAGAAAACUUUGUGCUAAUUCUCUCUCCUCUAAUCUUUUACAAGUAUUUUGUUUAGCACGUGAAGUCGUGAAUUGUACUAGAGAAGCUACUAGAAGUCCAAGUCUUUGAGCCCCCACGCCAUUUCUUCUUCUCUCUCUUUUUCCUCUGGCUAAUUUCUGCAAAAUGGGCAAUUUCAGUUUUUUAAGCUUUGUUUUCAUCGUCUUCUUCUCUUGUUCUACCUUUACUCUUACAGGAGCCUACGAUCCUCUUGAUCCAAAUGGGAACAUUACCAUCAAGUGGGAUAUCGUUAGUUGGACUGGUGAUGGUUAUAAUGCUGUGGUUACACUUUACAACUUCCAAAAGUACCGCCACAUUCAAGCACCCGGUUGGCAACUUGGAUGGACUUGGGCCAAAAAGGAGGUUAUUUGGAACAUGGCGGGAGGGCAAGCAACAGAGCAAGGGGAUUGCUCAAAAUAUAAGGUCAGCCUUCCACAUUGCUGUAAAAAGGAUCCAACCAUUGUAGACAUGAUGCCCGGGAUUCCUUUCAACCAGCAAACGACCAACUGCUGCAAGGGAGGAGUGCUGAGUUCAUGGGUGCAAGAUCCUUCCACUGCGAUUAGUUCAUUUCAGAUUACUGUUGGUGCAUCAGGCACCACCAACAAAACAGUCAGAGUGCCUAAGAACUUCACCCUAAAGGCACCUGGACCUGGUUACACUUGUGGACCGGGAAAGAUUGUUACACCCAGCAAAUUAAUAACCCAAGAUGGGAGGAGAGUCACUCAAGUUUUGAUGACAUGGAACGUGACAUGCAUGUAUUCACAGUUCCUGUCCCAGAGAACUCCCACAUGCUGUGUAUCGCUUUCAUCCUUCUAUAACGACACUAUCAUAUCUUGCCCAACAUGCAGUUGUGGCUGUCAAAACAAUGCCUCCCAUCCAGGAAGCUGUGUAGAGGCAAACAACCCUUAUUUGGCUUCCGUUGUUUCUCCUGCACAUUCUAACAAAAACAGUAUCGUGCCACCUUUGGUUCAAUGCACCAGCCAUAUGUGUCCUGUUCGGAUUCACUGGCAUGUCAAAACUAAUUACAAGGAAUACUGGCGAGUUAAGGUUACAAUUACAAACUUUAACUAUAGGAUGAACUACUCAGGGUGGAACUUGGUUGUGCAACAUCCUAACUUUGACAAUUUGACCGAGGUUUUCAGCUUCUCUUACCAACCAAUAACUCCAUACUCGAAUAUAAAUGAUACCGCCAUGCUAUGGGGAGUUAAGUUCUAUAACGAUAUGCUUAUGCAAGCUGGUCCAUAUGGAAAUGUCCAGUCUGAAUUACUCUUUCAGAAAGACAAGUCUACUUUUACAUUUGAAAAGGGCUGGGCUUUUCCUAGAAGGAUCUACUUCAAUGGUGAUAACUGUGUCAUGCCACCUCCUGAUUCAUACCCUUGGUUACCAAAUGUCAGUCCUCGGCCUAAUUUCUCUGUUUUAACUAUAACAUUGACGCUAUUGUCAGCCUUGGCAUUCUUAUAUACUCAUGCUUGAGAGUCGAGAAUCUUACCCUCGAGUACAUAGAGAUAUACAUGAAAAAUCAGAAUGGUAUUUGACUCCAUUACUUGGCUUUGAAGUUCGAAGACUGAGUUGAGUGGAAAGCCUGUUGAAGAUCAGCUGCACGAACACUCGUCAGGGAUGUUGUCUGCAUUUUGUCUAAUGAUUAGGUUGGUGAAUUCAUUGUCAUUUUGCUCUUAUUCAGGACUAUUUAUGUAUUGAUCGUCCUCUGUAUAUAUUUCUUGUAUUGCAAAGCUUACAACUGUAACGAAAAUGCCAACUACAUUCUGGAACUUAAUUCUAACUUGUACUUUCCCA